CUCGUCGGGACGUUAAAGGUCUCAGUCUCAGGCUGGAGACGGAGGGAAGAAGCAGGAAAGAGGAUUUGUUGACAAAAUCACCAACUUGCAGAAGCUCCGCCCCCUGAUGUAGCCGCGAGUCGGAACCUCCUUAAUUACUAAUUUCUCCACAUCCAAGCCACGCUCUCUCUCUCUCUCUCUCUCUCUCUCUCUCUCUGUCCGUCUGUCUGUCUUUUCUCUCCCUCCACUCCUCCAUCCAUGCAUCUCUCAUCCUGACCCUCCUCUCUCUCUCUCCUCUCUGUCUCUCUUUCGUUUCCAGCCGGAUAACGGAGGUGGACGAGCUUGGAGUUUGUUUGUUUGUUAUAAUUUUUUCUUAUUAUUUAUUCCUCGGUUUUUGGGCAUGGAGGAUGUAAAAGACCCGCCGACCGUCCACCGGUCCUCCUCCUUCAGCAUCAAGAGCCUCCUGCUGCCCUCCAAGUGCGACAGACCGGACUCCGUGGCUGCCGCCGCCGCCGCUGCUGCCGCGGCCGCGGUCGCCGGCAUCCCCGGGACCCUCUCCCCCUCACCGGGCUCCGACUGUGAGAAGUCUCUGGACCCGCCGGAGGUGGACUCCACGGACGCGACUCUGGACCCGGAGAAACCGGGCAAGGAGGAGCAGGGGGAAGAGGAGGAGGACGGAGGAGGAGGAGGAGGCGGAGGAGGGGACGGCGCCAAGGCAACACAGGAGCAGAAUACUAACGGUAAUAACAGCGGGAAAAACGGGAAAUAUGACAAGCCUCCGUUCAGCUACAACGCCCUGAUCAUGAUGGCCAUCAGGCAGAGCCCCGAGAAGCGGCUCACGCUGAACGGCAUCUACGAGUUCAUCAUGAAAAACUUCCCCUACUACCGCGAGCACAAGCAGGGCUGGCAGAACUCCAUCCGGCACAACCUCAGCCUCAAUAAGUGCUUCGUCAAGGUGCCCAGGCACUACGACGACCCGGGGAAGGGGAACUACUGGAUGCUGGACCCGAGCAGUGAUGACGUUUUCAUCGGGGGAACUACCGGGAAGCUCCGCCGGCGCUCCGCCACCUCCCGGGGCAAGCUGGCGAUGAAGCGCGGGCUGCGCUUCGCUCCUCUCGGCUUGGGGAUUAACGAGCGGGCGAACAACCCACUCUACUGGCAGAUUUCUCCGUUCCUCUCCCUGCACCAUCACCACCAUCAUCACCCGCACUACAACGGAUCCUCGCCCGGGUUUUUGAACCAGGCGGCCGGCUACGGGUCGCUGCUGCCCGCGGUGGAGCAGCUGAGCAACGGGGACCUGGGGCGGUCGAUCCUCGGCGGGUCGGCCGCCGGGGCGCUGGGCUUGACGAACAGUUACGGGAUGAGCACCUCGCCGGUCGGACUGCUCUCGGGACAGACUGCCGGGUAUUUUGUCUCAGGGACCCAACACGCUGCUGCGGCGGCGCCGGGGCCGCCGGGAGGAGGACCGCCGCCUCCGCCGCCGCCUCCGCCGCCGCAUCUCCAGCAGGGCGCACCGGGGUUCGGCGGCCUGGCGUCCAGCAGCUCCCCGCAGUCCCUGCUCUCGGACUCCCUCAGAAACAGCUCCCUACCGGCCUUCUCCCCGGGCGUGUCCGCGGGGUUUCCCGGGAUGCUAUCCCAUCAAAAGAGGGUGACUCCAAACGCGUUCCUAAACUGAACUCCCCCCUCUCCCCCCCACCCUCCGUCACCUCUUCGUCGAUGGCACCGGGACGAGGACGCACAAGAGACGUCACGUUAAGGGCAAAAAAAAGUGGUAAAUAUCAAACAUUGAUCGCAAAAAAUAUAUAUGAAGUGAAACUUUUUUUGGCCAUAUUCUGCCCGGAAGUGCACCGGGUUUAUUUUGAUGAUUUCUGCAUUCUGUUGAAAAAGGGACAAACUUUUGUUACCCGCGGGUUGUACAACUGUAAACUAGACUUGCCAAAGGUAACGCUAUAAGUAUAUUUCAAGCUAUUUAUAUCUUGUACAAAGAUUUUCAGUACUUUCUUUGAGUCUUUUAUUUAUGUUUUGUAUUUAUUGUACAAUGUAUUUAAAUUCUAUUUGUCAGUGUAUACUCAUCAGUAUUGAGGAAAAAAAAAGGGGGGGUGGACUUAUACAGGGUUAAUUAUUAUUUAUGAAUUUUGAGACAAUCAAGGAGAACAAAAGACAAUCAAAACUUUUUCUUUUUCUCUUUUUUUGGGGGGGAGGAAAAAACUUUUGAAUAUAAGUAAAUAAUGAAUAAACGAAGCCUUAAAAUCAGCAGAGACAAUCAGGGGUUUUGAGAGGAAAAAUAAGCCUACAAAUCAUAUCUCUACUCAGGUUUGACCCCGGACAGGCCUAAUAAUAAAUAAUAUGAAUAAUAAUAUGAAUAAUUAAACUGCACUGUGAAGAGUUUCCUUCCAAAAUGCAGAUAUCCAAAAAUAAAUAAACAGUUUUGUCAUGUAGUGAAGCUAAUGACAACGAGCUGCUGCUUUUCACAGCUACAAACUGAAUCUGUGACUCAGACUUUCCAGUUAAAUAAAGCAGAAAUAAAUAAAAGAGUGGAUAUAAAUGUUUUUGGAAUAGAACUCUUCAUAUAAAAUUAUGCAAAACGACGUGUUUUUCUAUGUUUUCUGUUCAUUAUCAUGAAGCCCAGAUUGUCAUUUUCACUUGAUUUGAUCAUGUGUGUGUGUGUGUGUGUGUGUGUGUGUGUGUGUGUGUCCAGGCCUGUAUGAGCGUAAAUUCUUCUGCGCAUGUGCGCUAAAGGGCCGCACGUACAAACAACAUCCUAAUUCUCAAAGAACGAAACAUCACUUUUUUUUUUUGCCGCGGUUCAUCCCAGUUUUAUGACCCGCUGAUCUGCUUCGGUUUCCGGGUAAAAGUUGUAGAGUGGCCGGCGGAGGGUGGAGGCCUCUGGGAACUUUUUCUUUUUCAAAUGAAAACAAAGAGCGUCUCCAAACAAUAAUCAGGCCCUGCAUCUCACACACACACACACACACACACACACACACACACACACACAAAUAUAUACAGCUGUUGUCAGAUGAAAAACUUGUAUCUCCAAAAUACAAACCUCUUUUAUUUUUGGAAAAACUAAUAAAUACAGCUUCAUGUUUUUCAGUGUGAAGGUUCAUUUUUGACGUUGGAAACAGCAGUUUCACACUCCAAUUUGCCAGUGCUUUCAACCGCAUCCCAUGGUCUUCCCCCUUACAUGACUCAAGACACUUUUGGUUUCAUUUACUUGCAGUUUAUGGAUUUAUCUGGAGGGUUUAAUGAACCCGGGGAGCUGAGAAAUGAUCAGUGAUCAAAAGAGACAAUUGGAGAUACAAGGUUUUCAGCCAACUGCAAUGAUGUGUAUGUGCAACUUGUGUUUUUAUUUUAAUUUUUUGGGGGGAGUAAAAGCUGCACAGCGAGU